GACCACCCACCACUAACCUCGCGCCUCUACGGCCAACCGAUGGCCCCAGCCGUUGUAGCGUGGAUGGCACGCGCGCACACACACACACACACACACAAAGUCACGCACACACCCAUUCGGAAAGUUUGGCGUGCUUUGACUUUGGGGGCUAGUGUGGUUUCUCAAUUUCCCCCGGAGAAGAUGGAGGGUGGGGAUGGGCUUGUGGUGGUGGUGGUGGUGGUGGUGGCUAGGUUGUCUUUUUAUCUGUUACUUCGGAGAAUUUUCCGACCGACCCAGGGUAGGUGCCUGCAAGGUGCCUGCAAAAAUGAGGAUUUCCCCCCCUCUCAGCAGAGAGCACAACACUCGCCCUGCUCCUGGGCGGCAGCCGAUGGCCCCUCCCUCCUCGGCGGAAAACAGGGCACGCCCAUUCGGCGCGGACACCACAAGCGUCAGACGACUUCCGAAAUAAGCGCCGGACCCCGCACCCGUCGUUCCGUGCGACCCAGGCACACGGCUCAGCGUCCAGCGCCCGGCGCCAAGAGGUAG